CCUCUUGUGAAGUCGAAUUCGGACAAACCAUGAUCCAAAAUUUCACCAUCAUUUCCAAAUUAAACCCUCUCUUUUCCCCUCCCAAAAUCCAUCUGCGUUUUUCCAGCAUGCUGUGCUCCAAUGCAGUUAGAGCCGCAAACACAGUGCACCCGGUUCCGGGUCUCGGGUCGGACGAGAUGGAGCGGGUCGCCCACCAGACCUUGGCGAGGUACACCUCCGAAGCAGCGCCGCAGAGGAAAGGAAAAGGAGUUGCCAUCGUUUGGUUCAGAAACGAUUUGAGAAUUUUGGACAACGAGGUUCUGCACAAGGCUUGGCUUUCUUCCGAGGCUGUCUUGCCCGUUUACUGCGUCGAUCCGAGGUUGUUUGGCUCCACGCAUCACUUCGAUUUCCCCAAAACUGGAGCUCUGAGAGCGCAGUUUCUUAUCGAGUGUUUGGCCGAUUUGAAACAAAAUUUGAUGAAAAGAGGUCUCAACCUUCUGAUUCAGCAGGGGAAACCAGAGCACAUUCUUCCUUCACUUGCCAAAGCAUAUGGAGUCCACACUGUUUACGCUCAGAAAGAAACGUGCAGUGAGGAGGUAAAUGUCGAGACAUUGGUUUCCAAGAAUUUGAAAAAAGUCGUGCUACCAUUAGCUGAAGGUGUGUCUGCUAAGCAUAAGUCUACGAAUGUUGCUAAUUUGGAUUUGAUCUGGGGGUGUACUAUGUACCACAUUGAUGACCUUCCGUUCAGUUGCACGUCCUUACCAGACAUUUAUACUCAGUUUCGUAAGUUGGUUGAAUCAAAGUCUACCAUUAGAGGUUGCAUUAAGGCUCCGGCAUCACUUGGUCCCACACCCGGUGUUAAAGAUUGGGGAUGCAUCCCCGAUGCUUCUAUGCUUGGGAUUCAGCCAGAAAAGGCUAAGAAAGGAAUGGCGUUUACGGGGGGUGAGAGCGCAGCACUGAGUAGAGUGCACGAGUAUUUCUGGAAGAAGGACCUCUUGAGAACUUAUAAAGUGACACGAAACGGGAUGCUUGGACCUGACUACUCGACAAAAUUUUCUCCCUGGCUCGCCUCUGGAAGCCUUUCGCCUCGUUUUGUUUAUGAAGAGGUGAAGAGAUAUGAAAAGCUGAGAGAGUCAAACGAUUCCACAUAUUGGGUGUUGUUUGAACUUAUAUGGAGGGACUACUUCAGAUUCCUAUCAAUCAAGGCAAGAAACUCUCUGUUUCAUGUUGGCGGUCCUCGAAAAGUGCAGACGAAUUGGAGCCAAGACGAAGCACUUUUUGAUGCUUGGCGAAAUGGUCAGACCGGGUAUCCUCUAAUUGAUGCAAACAUGAAAGAACUGUCAGCUACUGGCUUCAUGUCGAAUAGGGGGCGACAGAUUGUGUGCUCGUUUCUUGUUCGAGACAUGGGCGUGGACUGGAGGAUGGGGGCGGAAUGGUUCGAGACAUGUCUCUUGGAUUAUGAUCCGUGUUCCAAUUAUGGCAACUGGACCUAUGGAGCAGGUGUUGGGAAUGAUCCUCGAGAGGAUCGGUAUUUCAGCAUCCCAAAGCAACUUAUUAUGUUGUGAGUUCAGGCUCAGAACUAUGAUCCAGACGGCGAGUUCGUGGCGUACUGGUUGCCUCAGCUGAAGCCACUGCCUAAAGAGAAGAGGCAUAAUCCAGGAAUGAUGAUGUAUAUCAAGCCAGUUGUGGCACUCAAAUUUGGGAACACAAAGGCCUCAGGAGCAAGAAGAGGUGGUGUGGAAGAGAAGAAAUGGAAGAGUAAUAAAGCGAAUAAAAUGCAAUAAAAUUAGAGAUGGCCAUGGUUUGGUUCCCGGUUCGAAUCCAAACCAAACCGCCGGUUCCACAGUUUCGGGGGUGGGAACCAGAAAUGAAGGAGCACGGUUCCGGUUCGAACCAUGAACCAGCGGUUCCAAUUUCGGUUCCGAACCGACGGUUCACGGUUCGAACUGUCCGAUUUUUUUUUUCAAUUUUCUUUUAAUUGUUUGUAUUGUAUUUUUAUGUGAAACUUUAUAUAAUAAUAAAUUGCAAGUUAUGUAAA